GUUCGUUUAAUUAUUUAUCUUAAAGUGUAGUUGGCAGUACAACAUGGCGCAUAUGUAUUGGGUUAUAUUGGCUUCCCUUUUCGUUUCCGCUGUUCCACUUAAAUCCACCAAAGGACGGGAAUUUGUCACUGGAUUUCUGAGCUUAUCCCCUCAAUGCACGUUAAAACUAGAUAUUGCUUCCAAUACAAAUGGGGAUGUUGAGCUAUACGUACCCUAUCUAGGAAUAAAUACCACCUACUCUUUCAAUAGAACAUUCUCAACUACGUUCAACACUAGUCUUCAGCUUUACGGCACUCGGAUCGGACGAAACGGCGUUUAUAUUAAAUCAUCAGUUGAUAUUUCGGUUUAUGCAAGUACAUACAUGUAUCAACCUCGUGGAAACGCUGAAGACACUCACGUAUGUCUGCCUGUUCAAUCGCUUGGGAGAGAAUAUUAUAUUGCCAGUUAUAUCCCCUACCAAGUUUUCGGUGAUCCAUCACUGUUUAUGGUGAUAUCAGCGUUUGCAAACACUAAGGUUAAUAUAUCAUUUCCUAACGGCACAUCAAUAUCAAAGACAUUGAACUGGUUGGACGUCUAUCAGGAAGCUUCCCCUAGCAACGAUCUCACUGGUACUAUCGUCCAAUCAAGUAAACCAGUAUCUGUGGUAAGCGGGACGUCUUGUGCGUAUGUCUUUAAAAGCAGUGAAUGUGAUAUGCUUGGUGAGCAAAUGAUUCCAACGAAUAGCUUUCAAACGCAUUUCAUCAUCCCGCCAAUCCUGUCCAACCAAUUCAUGGUUCGUAUUUUCAGUAGUCAAAGUAAUAACAAGGUAUGUGUGAAAGACUCAUCAUUUGAAUAUUGCUCAAUAAUGGAUGCAAAUCAAUGGUUGGAAUCGGUACCAAAUAAUUCGUCCUUAGUCGUCUCUAGUCAAAAACCGAUAUCCGUCAUACAAUACAAUGGCAAUCCAGCGUACAUGGCAAUUAUUCCGGGUAUUCGUCAAUUUAUGAACUCGUAUACAUUUGUUGUACCAGACGAUACUAUGAUCAACACUCACUAUAUCUCCGUUACCAUACUCUCGUCCGCAUCGCUAACACUUCGUUUGGAUGAAAAAUCACCAGGUGAUCAACUUGUUGACACGGCUUACGUGAACACACCAUUUAACAACUAUACAAUCCUCACGUUCGGAAUAAAGGCAGGAUACCACGUGAUGACAUCGACUGAAACACAUGCUGUGUUCGGAUUGAUUGUAUUUGGAAUGUGGGCCUUUGGUGCAUACGGUUUUCCUGCAGGGAUAAACUUAGACAUUGACGAAUGUGCAUCUAAUCCAUGCCUGUAUGGGAGUACAUGUUCAAACGGUGUAAACAGUUACACAUGUACCUGUCGAGGUGGCUUAAGCGGAAGGAACUGUGAGAUCGAUGUUAAUGAAUGUGCAUCCUCCCCAUGUCUUCACGGCGGUACAUGUUCAGAUGGUGUUAACGUUUACACAUGUACAUGCUCAGCUGGGUUCAGUGGAAGGAAUUGUGAAAGCAAUAUUAAUGAAUGUGCAUCCUCUCCAUGUCUUCACGGUGGUACAUGCUCAGAUGGUGUUAACGCUUACACCUGCUCAUGCUCAGCUGGCUUCAGUGGAAGUAAUUGUGACCUCAAUAUUAAUGAAUGUGCAUCCUCUCCAUGUCUUCACGGUGGUACAUGCUCAGAUGGUGUUAACGCUUACACCUGCUCAUGCUCAGCUGGCUUCAUUGGAAGUAAUUGUGGCACCGAUAUUAAUGAAUGUGCAUCCUCCCCAUGUCUUCACGGCGGUACAUGUUCAGAUGGUGUUAAUUCUUACACCUGUACAUGCUCAUCUGGUUUCAGUGGACGAAAUUGUGGAAUUAUUUCAGACUCCAAUAAACAGUUGGUAUGCUACAGUUGUGAAGGCAUGUCUCACCUUGAACUCUGUGAUUCAGUGAAGAGAUGUGGCAAUGGGGAAGUGUGUGUGGUAGAGCGAACUCAUAUCACGUACAGAUCGGGAUGUGCCAAUAGUUCGAUUUGUUCGACAUAUUAUCCAAGCUCAAGUCACUGCGCAGAAUGUUGCAAUAACGACUACUGCAAUGGACGUGGAUGCGGGGAUGAAGGUUUAGUCUCAAGGCAUGAACGUGGCCCAUUGUGCUAUGACUGCAAUCACGUUCGAACCAUUCACGAAUGCACGGCCAUUAGACCGUGUAAUAAACACCAGUCAUGCAGUGUCGAAGAAUAUGAAUGGCUGGAUCACACACAUUUCAAGCUCGGAUGUGUGGAUUUACCGUGCAGCGCUAUAGGAGACGGAUUUCUUGGUUCUUUGCCACGCUGUAAAUCCUGCUGUGACCAGGACUUUUGCAACACCAAUUGCACACUCCACCAGACCGUAGCAAUAAUUGGGUGACACGACGGCUAUCUGGCAAAGUAUUGUGCGUUUGUAUUGACCAUGAUAAUACAAUGUACACACGCGCAUAUGGAGAUUAAAUUCACAGAAUAUUA